AUGGACGCCCAAGCCUAUCUUAUCCGGCAUGGCUGGACUGGUCCCGGCAAUCCUCUCAACCCAAACCAGCGCCCGGGCCCACACGGCGGCCUCGGCCUGACCAAGCCCAUCCUCGUCGCGCGCAAGCAGAAUAACCACGGCGUAGGCAAGAAGACCACCAAGGACCCGACCAAUCAAUGGUGGCUGCGUGGCUUUGAAGAUGCACUCAAGGGCGUCGGCGAUGACAGUCACGAGGCGCAGUCUGCGCGCUCGGGCAACGCCUUGACGAGCGAACUUUAUCGAUUCUUCGUACGCGGCGAGAGCCUUGCGGGUACAAUACUGGAGAAAAAGAAGAAGGAGGAGGAGGCUGUCAAGGAGAAAGAGAGCUCCAAGUCCAAGUCGAAGUCCAAGCGGAAGCGUGAUACGGAAGAUGAAGAUGAGCGCCGCGCGCGGAAGGAAGAGAAGGCUGCAAGGAAAGAGGAGAAGCGGAAGCGGCGCAAGCUUAGGGAGGACGAUGAUGUCGUCGAGCCUGUGUCUGUGUCUUCCAGCGAGACUUCGGGCUCAGAGAAGCGGAAAGAAAGUAAGGAAGAGCGUCGGGCUAGACGGUUGGAGAAGAAGAAACAAAAGGAGAGCCGCAAGUCGGACGGUACAGUCAAGGAGCCGGGCAAGAAGUCGAAGAAGUCUAAACGCUCUUCAAGUGAAGAUGACUACCCCACCCCAAUGUCGAUUGACGGAGAGGAGGACCAAGGACAAAAAGACAAGACCGAAUUAGACGGUUCAUCAGUGCAAUUGAAGGUGAAGAAGGAGGAACCGCAGGCCAAGAAGUCUAAGUCGACGAAGAAAGAGAGUGAGGCUACCGAAAUAUCCGAGCCUAAAAAGAAAUCUAAGAAGGAGAAAAAGGAAAAGAAAUCAGCUUGA